UACUUGUUUUACAAGCACUGCUGCAGAGAUCUCAAAAAAUUAAGUGUCAGCUACAGCAUGUCCCUCCAGAAAGAAUCCACAAUGAAAGAAACAACCCACAGUUGCUUCUUACUGAUUAUCCUUCUAAUUAGAAUGGUUCCAAGUCUUACUUCUACUGUAAAUUAUACUGAUCCUACAUUAGAGCCUGUAGUAACUGAAAAUUCAGUCAUACGACAGAAGAUAAUAGAUUCGCAGUUCAAAUGCUAUGAGAGGAUGAACAGAGCUCCUCCAUAUAGGAAAAAAGGUCUGUUCUGUAACCGAACGUGGGACGGAUGGUUGUGCUGGGAUGACACACCUGCAGGAAGAGUCACUGCUCAGAAUUGUCCAGAUUAUUUUCCAGACUUUGAUCCAACRGAAAGGGCUUCAAAGUAUUGUGAUGAAACUGGAAACUGGUUCCGACAUCCUGAGAGCAACCGAACAUGGUCCAACUAUACUCUCUGCAAUUCUUUCACCUCUGAAAAACUGAAGAUGGCGUUCAUACUUUAUUAUAUGGCGAUCGUUGGCCAUGCUUUGUCUAUAACAUCCCUGUUGAUUUCCUUGGCAAUUUUCUUCUAUUUCAAGAGCCUCAGCUGUCAAAGGAUAACGCUGCACAAGAAUCUGUUUUUUUCUUAUGUGCUGAACUCCAUGUUUACCAUUGCCCACCUCAUUGCUGUUGUACCUAAUCCAGGCCUUGUAAAAAGGGAUCCCGUAAGCUGCAAAGUGCUGCAGUUCUUUCAUCAGUACAUGUUGGGCUGCAACUACUUCUGGAUGCUCUGCGAAGGCAUUUAUCUCCACACUUUAAUUGUGGUGGCAGUGUUUGCUGAAGAGCAGCGCUUACACUGGUAUUACCUCUUGGGCUGGGGCUUCCCUUUGGUGCCAGCAUCUAUUCACGCUGUUGCAAGAGCCAAAUACUUCAAUGACAACUGCUGGAUGAGUGUUGACACUCACUUGCUUUAUAUUGUUCAUGGACCUGUAAUGGCAGCUUUAUUGGUCAAUUUUUUCUUUUUGCUUAACAUUGUCCGAGUUUUGGUGACAAAGCUAAGAGAUACUCACCGUGCUGAGUCCAACAUGUAUAUGAAAGCUGUCAGAGCUACUUUAAUCCUGGUGCCCUUACUAGGAAUUCAGUUUGUUAUUAUCCCCUGGAGACCAGAAAACCGACUUGCUGGAGAAAUAUAUGAUUACAUCAUGCAUAUAUUAAUGCAUUACCAGGGCUUGCUUGUUGCAACUAUCUUCUGCUUCUUCAAUGGCGAGGUACAAGGAGCCUUGAAAAGGCAAUGGACACAGUAUAAAACACAGUGGGGCCAAAGGCGCCGAGAGCACUGUUCCACACGAUCUACCUCCUACACGGCAACAUCCAUCACAGAGGUCCCCGUUUACUUGUACCAUCAUGACUCCAACAACGAGCAGCUAAACGGCAGAUACGUAGAUGACUCUGAACUCGUUGCGUUAAAAUCUGGCGAGACAUCUGCCUAGCUCAACAGCAACCAUUACAAACUCAUCAUUUCACGUUCUGCUUGUGAACAAAGUAGGGAGAAGGGUGGAAGUGUGGAAAUCAAGCCAUGGUGUGAGAGRGCAUGACCAGAUGACAAGACGCAUUAUAUUGAAGCCACAUCAACCUUUUCCAGGCAUGACACAGAGACAGUGUCAUGCAAAGAUGUGAAGAGCAGUCCAUCCUACUCAACAUGCAGCGACUCAACAUGGAACUGCUCACCAAGCUACAUAAUUUCCACACUUCCUGGUACCAGCCAUAUGAAGUGACAAUACAACCAUACCAACAGUUUCAGAUGACCCAUAGUAAAUAGGAAAGAAAGGACCAGUAUCUGAUGUUUUAAACUUUUAGCACUUUUUGCUUCAGUUACUUUUAUUCAACCAGAGAUUUUGAAGUAUCAGCUUUCACAAGAAAUAACUGGCUUGGAAUCUUUUCCCUUUCCCCUCUUAAGGAGCUUGAUGCCAUCUUAAAUCUUUUUGUACCUGGUAAGACCAAAAAAAGAAUCACUCUAAAGUAUUCAAAUAUUGAUGAUUUCCAAAGGAUACCCAAAAUAUUACCAUGCCAUUA